CCUUUCUUGCUCCCUGUUGUGUCUUAUGUGUAUCAAAAGGCAAAGGCGCGCAGGAAAGGCAAAGUUGCAAAUCACUCUACCAACUUUCACUUUUGAUACUGAUGAAGUUAUCAAGCAUUGGAAGAGCGAAGAAAGAAGCUCUGGAUUUUCAUUAUUUGAUUUUGAUACCAUAACAAACUCCACGAAUAAUUUUUCUAUCGAAAACAAACUUGGUGAGGGCGGAUUUGGGACUGUCUACAAGGGCCAAUUAUCGGAUGAGCUUGAGAUAGCAGUAAAGAGACUCUCCGCCCAUUCAGGCCAAGGUCUAGUGGAAUUCAAGAAUGAGAUUCAACUUAUAGCAAAACUUCAACAUCGAAAUCUCGUGAGGCUAUUAGGUUGUUGCAUUCAAGGAGAAGAGAAAAUACUAAUCUAUGAAUAUAUGCCGAACAAAAGCUUAGAUUUCUUCCUCUUUGGUUCGUAUCAAUCAUUCUGCUCCAAUUGCUCUUUUCUUCUCUUUCCACACUUUCUUUGUUAUGUUAGUUUGCCUGUCUCAGAUCAAACAAGAGGACUAUUAGACUGGCAAAAGCGCUUUACUAUUGUUGAAGGGAUAGCUCAAGGACUUCUUUAUCUUCACAAGCACUCUAGACUACGAAUUAUCCAUCGAGAUCUAAAGGCGAGUAACAUUCUCUUGGAUUACGAAAUGAGCCCUAAGAUAUCUGAUUUUGGCUUAGCUCGAAUUUUUGGUUCCGACGAAACUCAAGCAAACACAAACAGGAUUGUUGGCACGUAGUAAGUUUAUAUAGAUCAGCUUAUUUAUGUAUCCAUCACUACAGGAUAUUACUUGUGUUGAUAUUUUUGAAAUCAAUUUGUUUUAGUGGCUACAUGUCUCCCGAAUAUGCUUC